GAUAUGCAUCCCUCUGCUGCGUGAGCGCAGACAAGCCGGCAGGCAUAGGCAUAGGCAUAUGCAAGCAGCCAUCAGAAUCGUGAAUCACACGCAACACGCGACCCAUGCGGCGUCCCAAAAAUCGCGCCCUCAUUGGCGACACCUCGGAGCGAUCUCUGUGCUGCUGCUGCUGGGUGUCACCCGUGAUUGCCAACAAGCCCUCACUGUACCACACCAAUUACACUCCUCUUUCAUCUCAACCUCUAGACCAAGCUGAAGUGAUUCCUCUAGACCCCCUCUACUCUAUUCCUCUGGCCGAGCAAGCUUCCCUCUCCAGCUUCUCACACCUCCACAAGCUGUAUUUUGGCGUGGACUACAUGCACAGAGCAGGAAGGCGAUCUUAGCACAACGCAAACGAGGACAGCAUGAGCGGCAACAAGUUGCGACUGGCCAUCAUCGGCUCGGGAAACUGGGGAAGCGCCAUCGCCCGAAUCGCGGGCAGGAAUAUGAUUAGGCAUUCCGACACAUUCCACCCCGAGGUGCGGAUGUACGUGCACGAGGAAUCGAUCAAUGGCCAAAAGCUGACUGAAAUCAUCAACGCAAAACACGAAAAUGUCAAAUACUUGCCUGGCAUUCCCAUUCCCGAAAACGUCGUGGCUGUGCCCAGCGCGACUGCUGCUGCACAGGACGCCGACUUGCUCAUCUUUGUCACCCCGCAUCAGUUUAUUGCGUCCAUCUGCUCAGAGCUCAAAGGCAAGAUCAAGCCCUCUACUCAGGCCUUGUCCAUGAUCAAAGGUGUAGAGGUCAAGGAUGGCAACAUCAACAUUUUCGCAGAUGUCAUCGAAAAGCUCCUCGGUUGCAAAUGCAGCGCACUGAGCGGAGCCAACAUUGCCAAUGAAGUCGCACAAGACAAGUUCAGCGAAACCACCAUCGGGUACAGGCCGGGAGAGCAUGAGAAAGCGGAGCUGUGGUUCAAGGUCUUUGAUACCCCCUUUUUCCGCGUUGGAUUGGUGGAGGAUGUCGCUGGUGUCAGUCUUUGCGGAGCACUCAAGAACGUCGUCGCCAUCGCUGCAGGCUUCACAGAUGGUCUUGGCUGGGGAGACAAUGCGAAGGCUGCUGUGAUGAGAAUCGGGUUGAUGGAGAUGAAGUCCUUCUGCGAAGAAUUCUUUGAGGGCGUCAAGGCAGAGACAUUCACAGAAACAAGUGCGGGCAUCGCAGACUUGAUCACCACUUGCUUCGGAGGGCGUAACCGCAAGUGCGCGGAAGCAUUCGUCAAGACUGGCAAGUCAUUCCCUGUGCUGGAGAAGGAGCUCCUCAAUGGCCAGAGGUUGCAAGGGGUGGAAACGGCGAGGGAAGUCUACACGUUCUUGGAAGCGCGAGGCAGGCAACAAGGCUACCCACUCUUCACAGCAGUGCACCAGAUCAGCUCGGGAGACUACAAACCCAGCGAGAUGACGAGCCACUUGUAGUUGGUCGUUCGGACGGACUAUGACGGAGGUUGGGACGAUGGUCGCCAACAUUCGUCUGACUCGCCGAGUGGGCGGAGCUCUGCAAUCGCUUGAUGGCAAGGGCUGCAGCGUGUUGAGAUGGUUAUUACUUAGAGUGGACGCUUCGUGAAGCGCAAAGUCUCCGCGUCUCGAGGUUCAAUAAUGGCAUAUCGCAUACAGCGCACAGAGCAGAGCCUGGCUGUCCGCCUCCGCGUGACUCAGCUUGGAG